UAGGGUCCUUCAUCAUAGACGCUUUUACGUCGCAAGAUCACCUGACAUUUCUGUUUAUCUGUAUGAAAUUUGUCUUCAAAGAGAGAAGAUGAUUAAGGCUAUCUUAAUUUUCAAUAACCAUGGAAAACCACGCCUCAUCCGGUUUUAUCAAUAUUUCGCGGAAGAUAUGCAACAACAAAUCAUAAGAGAGACUUUUCAUCUGGUGUCCAAGAGGGAUGACAACGUCUGCAAUUUUUUGGAGGGUGGAAGUUUAAUCGGUGGUUCGGAUUACAAGCUGAUUUACAGACAUUAUGCCACUCUUUACUUUGUAUUCUGUGUGGACUCCUCUGAAAGCGAGCUGGGAAUAUUGGAUCUAAUCCAGGUCUUUGUGGAAACCUUGGAUAAAUGCUUUGAGAAUGUCUGUGAACUGGACCUCAUCUUUCACAUGGAUAAGGUCCAUUACAUCCUGCAGGAGGUUGUGAUGGGCGGCAUGGUGCUGGAGACCAACAUGAAUGAGAUUGUGGCCCAGGUGGAGAUGCAGAACCGCAUGGAGAAGUCAGAGGGUGGAUUGUCUGCGGCCCCAGCUCGUGCGGUGUCAGCUGUGAAGAAUAUGAACCUUCCGGAAAUCCCUCGCAACAUCAACAUUGGGGACAUCAACAUUAAAGUCCCUAGCCUCUCCCCAUUCUGAUCAGGAUGCCUGCUUUUUUAAAUUAUGUUACACUGAAUGUUACUGAGACAUUGCUAACCUGUUUUCCUCUGUACGUGUCAAAGGUGAUAGGAGACCAAGGUGUGGAUUCUUCCUGCAUUGCAUCUGUGUGAUGCUUUACCAAAUGGUUCACAUAGGUUUCAUAGCUGUGUCAGCUGUGACCCUUUUCCGUAGCUCAUGCCAAGGCUUGCAAUGUCACAUAUAUUUAUUUAUUGUUUUGUAUAGGGAUACUCUAAGCAUUUCAAACAUUCCAAAACAGAGGAUGAAGGUAAAGGAUAAAGGAAAAGACAAAGGAAAGUUUAACAUAUUGUGUUGUGUCAUUUGAGGAGCCACAACAGCUAUAUCUCAAUGUUGUUCUUUGAGCAUGGCACACGUCCUCUCAUUAAAACAUUAAUAUCUGUA